AUGAAUGUAGACAAAAUAUUAUGGCUAACCAUAAUUACCUUUUUGGUUAACAUUUUUGAAACUCUAUGUUUAUCAAAAUAUAAAUAUCUUUUUAAAUAUUUAAUAGUGGACCGAAAAAAGUUGGAUCCGAGUUAUACAUAUAAAUAUGAUAAUAUACAAUGGAACCAUAAAAUAAUAGCCAUCGGAGAUAUCCAUGGGGACGUAGAAAGUUUAAAAUUAAUAUUAAGACAUUCAAAUUUAAUAGAUGAAAAUGAUGAAUGGAUUGCUCAAGAUGUUGUGUUAGUCCAGGUAGGUGAUAUAUUAGACAGAGGUGUUUUUGGUACAUAUAUUUAUGAUUAUCUAUUAAAAUUACAAAAAGAUGCCAUCAAAAAAAAUAGUAAAGUUAUUUUAAUAAUGGGUAAUCAUGAACAACUUAAUUUAUGUGGAGCCUUUCAUUAUGUCAAUGAAUCUGAAGUAAUGUUAUUUUUUCAAAAUAAUCGAAAUAAUAGAUUAUUUAGUUUUACUAAUAAAAAUGGAUAUUAUUUUAAAAAACUUAUUAGAUUACCAGUUAUUGUAAAAAUAAACAAUAUUAUUUUUACACAUGGAGGAAUUAGUAAACACAUGUCUGAAUAUGAUAUUAACACUAUUAAUUUAAAAACAAGAUUACAAAUAGAAAAUAAAUGUAAAAUGUUUCAAUUUGAAAAAUAUAAUUAUUUAAGCAAAGAUGGAGUUUUAUGGAAUAAUGAAAUUUCACAUCAAGUCAAAUUACAACCAAAAAAAACAUGUAAACAUUUAUCAAACAUUCUUAAAAAAUAUAAUGCAAAAGGUUUAGUUGUAGGACAUACUAGGCAAAAAUCACAUGAAAUUCAAACAUAUUGUAAUAAUUCCUUUUUUCUUAUAGAUACUGGAAUGAGCUUAUUUAUGAAUAAUGGGCAACCAUAUCCAAAUUAUUUACAAAUAGAAAAAGGGAAAUUUAAAACCGUUCACUUAAUUGUCCAAGAAUACAACCGAAAAAAAACUUGUCAAGGAAAAAAAAUACAAUUAAAUAAGCCAUAUAAGAAAACGAUAUGUCUAAGUCAUAAAAUUAAAGAUUUGUGA